UGGGAGGUGGAUUCUGAAGAUGGACCUUUUCUGAGCACUGGAUGCAGCUUUUCGCUUCAACCGAAAUCUUUAGAUAAUUAUCAUGUCUUUCGUGUGGCCAACCCCGUUACUCCUUCUAACCAAUCAUCGUCAUGAUAGUUCCUUUUCAGGCGCCAGUGGCCGCCCAUGUUAUCUAAUCUCAUCCUAGACGACAAUAUCGUCGCGUCCACAAGGCAAGUUCCUUUCUUGAUUGGCCAUGGCAAAGCCUGCCAGCUCAUAUAUGCAGCUUACCCCGCAUGACCUUCGGAAACAACGUUGAUUUUUGCGGAAGUGAUUGUCAGUAUAACCUGCUUGGUAGGGUGGUGAGUCUAGUCCUGUUUGUUGGCUUAGUGAGGCCGGCUGAGGGCAAGGUGUACAUCCCGCAGCGGCCUCUACUUUGGUGGUCCUUGCUUUGGACCGCUGCAGGACAGCACGUUUGAUUGUUAAAGUAUAGUAAUAGAUCCGGCCUUGAUGGGCCAUCCGUCAGCAGUCUCGGGUUGACACCCUGAGGGUGGUUGACUGAGAUGGCUUCACUGAGAGUAGUACCAUACUGUAAGACCUUAUUUACGCGGGCCAAUAAGGGUCUACCUCAGCAGCCCGGCUCCGACCUCAGUGAGCCAUUUCAUACAUCCUGCAUCGAUCACCUCGUUUCCACUCAUUGUUGGCACUGUGUCCAUGCCAGCCUGCGUAUAGCAAAUACAAAGAGAUAUCCCUCAACGUGUCCAGCUUCUCAGCGUAACUCUACGUUAAAGAUAUAAAUAUAUAGGCCUUCCAGCCAAGGUUGCCAUUCUAGAUCAGAACACAACUUCCUAACACAAUUACGCAGAUCACAUCUCGUCAUACAGCGAAUGCUCCCCAUUUCCGAUUAUUGAUUUUGAAGAUGAGACAGCUGAACGGUGUCUUCGAAUCAAAGAUUAUCGCUUUCGAAGUCGGCCCCAGCCGUAAGAUAGUGAAACUUCACUCUGGGCUGCUGAAACCAGGCCAAUUUUCCCAGUGUAGCGUCCGAAACACAGGAAUUAACGAGGACGACGCAGCCGCGGAAUUAUAUAUGAUCGAUGAGCCCGUUGAAGACAUUUUCGCCUACGUUUUCGAAUAUCUAUAUACUGGGGACUACACUGUUCUUCUAACAGAUGACAUUGCUCCUCAGUGCACCGAGAAUGACGACUCACAGUCGACCACGCAAGGCCUGAAUGUUGAGCUGGAGUGGAAUAUCUUUGAAAGUUCGGAAUCUGUCCAGAAAUGGUCCGAUUAUCUCGUGAGAAGAUUAGAUCCCCAACCCUCCCUUCCGUCGAACGGAGGCAAGCACCAAUAUUAUCAUGGGUGGGACUACAGUAGACCGCUGCUUACUCACGCUCGCCUCAACGACUUCGCCGAACGAUAUGAAUUUUGCGAGUUGCGCGACAUUUGUCUCUUCAAGUUGUUGCACAUGCUCAAUGAAUUUCCGCUUCACGAAACCCGAGUCAGGGACAUAACACAACUGAUACAGUUCGUGUUCCGUGACGGCUGUAGAAAGCCCGAAAACGCGGAUAAUAUCCAAACCCUGAUGCUUCAUUUUACAAUGUGGCAUAUGAAGCUUUUCGCGCACAACGAGGAGUUUCCGCGACUCUUGCGCGAUGUCCCAUUGUUUUGCUACCGUUUAUUGCAACACAUGUGUUCAGUUAUCUGGUAG